AUGCAGCGCUUCUACCGCGAGUACUACAAACUACUUCCGCGAGAUGUUGCUCAAGUAGACGUGACAUAUAUUAUGUCUAAAUGGCAGAGGUUCUUCCUAAAUUUCUGGGGUCCAUUCAUAGUAAGCAAUAAGAAGAUAAAAUCAAUGAUAAUCGAGUGGGUCGGUUAUGCACUGGCACCAUCCUUGCUACUAGCGGUGGGUGCGAUGGUCCGGGCCAAGCAGAGAAAGAUAGGUGAGAUAUGCUCAGAGGUGAUCAUCGACAAGUCCUCGAACAAGAUGACGAUGGAGAGUAUAGUGGAGGCACAACACAUCAUGAAGAAGGUGCACAAGUACGUCAAGACAACGAACAUUGUGAUCCUCAGGCUAUGGUCCAUUAUUCUAGCCCGGUCACCAAAGGAAAUUCACCUGUGCGGCGGUGGCGGGGAAGGAGCAGCACCGGCAGCCCUGACAGAGGAAGCCAUGUUGCCGUUUUGUUUGUUCCCAGCCUUGACUAUGGUUGUCCAGCGAGUCCGGCAUGUCGUCAUUUUCUUGUAA